AUGAAUGAAUCAAUUGAAAUUAAUGAUGAUGAAACAUUCAUAGAAAACGUGUUAUAUUCAAAUAUUAUCAAGAAUAUUUCUGAUAAAUUUUUAACAUUUAAAGGACAAAUUGAAAUAGAUGGAGAGAUAUUUCAAGAUGGAAAGCACAAACAAUUUAUGAAACUUCUUGGUUUUAAUGCCAAAACUUUUCAUACUAUCUUUAGAAAUAUGGAAGAAAAAUCUGACCCUUCUAAUUGGUACUUUACAGGAAGUAUCUUUUUACUUGAAGACAAUUUUAAAGAAAUUAAAAGAUCAAAAGUUGGAAGAGGAACUGAACUACUCAAAAAUAUAAAUGAAUAUAUAGGUGAAAAUUGUUACAUACCAACAGAUGAUAACUGUUUUAUCAAAUGUGUAAAUUAUGUUUUAAACAAAGAUUUAACAAAUGAAUUUCAAAAUUUCAUCAAUAUUUUCUCAAAAGCAAAUAGAAAAGGAGUGAUGACAUCUGCUAGAAUUAAUGAAUUCAAUAAGAAAUGUGAUAUUACAUUUCAAAUUUAUACUCAUAAUAAUAGAAAUUUGCGCCCCACAAUUGUAAAAGGAAAAAUAGAAGAUAAUUAUGAACAAGUAUGGAAAACGUGUAGAGACGAUAACGCAGUAACACAGGUUUCACCUCUGGAACUAAACGUGUUUUCAAGUAUAAGUGAUGCUGGGUUAUUUGCUUGGGAUUGUGAAACAUAUUCAGAAAGUGAAACGCGUAAAGCAAUUCCUUAUGCGUGUACGUUAAUUAAUUUAGAAAAAGUAAGAAAAAUUUUAGACAGAAUAAAUAAUCUCUUUCCAGAUUUAAAUCCUACAGAUAAUGUUCCAGAAGAAUUUUAUGAUAAACUAAUGAAUAUAGUAGAAAUAUUUGUAGGUACAGAUUGUAUAGUUCAAAUGUUGAAAUAUUUAGGUCAAUAUGAUAGAAAGAGAUUAAUAUUAAUUUCUCAUAACGGUAGCAAUUUUGAUAACUGGAUCGUGCUUAAAAAUAUAAAAAAACUAACACAAUGCCCUUUAAAAACACCAAGAGGAAUUCUAUCUUUACUUUUAUCUAACCCAUACACAAAUGAAGAUUUACAGAAAAAAUGGAAAAGACAGAAAGAAAUAACAAGUAAUAAUAAUUAUUUACAACAUAUUAAUUUCACAUGUUCCUAUCAACAUGAAACAUCUAGUUUAGCGGCGUGGGGUAAUUCAUCUAAUCUACCAAUGAAUUUGAGAAAGAUCACUGAUAUCGAUAUUGCAAAAUACACCAAAGAUAACUGGGAAUCUUUAGGACACGAAUGGGAACCUUACGCUAAAAGAGAUACGUUAUGUCUUGCAAGUUGUUUGAUAAAACAUAAACAAGUCACGAAAGAAGUUGUGAACCAAAAUAUGUCCAAUAAUCUAACGGUUCCAUCUUUAUCUUUUAAGGGUUGGUAUUAUUUGUAUAAUUACGAUAAAGAAAUAGUUGAAGAAGAAUGGUAUGAAACUACUAGAAUGGUUGCGAAACAUACAGAAAAAGAAAACGUAGAAAAGGUUUAUUCGCACACUAACCCUUUUAUAAGACGUUAUCAGACAUCAGACGAUCUAUUAAAGGAGGAAGAGUUUCGGCAAAUAGAAAAAUAUUUGAAACGAACAAAAUGGAUGAAAUUUGUAAUGUAUUAA